AGCCGCGGCGUGGGGAUGUCCCAGCGCGACCGCGGGCCGAGCGCGGGGAGGCGGCGGGGCGCGGAAUCCGGCCCCGGGAGGGAGCGCGGCCCGUGGUCGCGUGCUGGGGCCCCGCCGGGCGGGCCUGGGCCACGCGUGCGCACUGGCGCCGAGCGCUGGGCCCCGGAACCGGGUGGCGGCGCUGCGGGCUCCCCCCAGCCGUCCUUGUCCCCGGGGGGGGAAGCGUUCGCGGUGCCGGGGAGGGGCGGGGGUCCGACUCGACCGGAUCGCUGGGUUUGCCUCACCGGCAGCAAAGGCACCGUAGCCGGCGGGAGUUUCCAGGAUGGGCCGGGGCGAACCCGGGGACUUGACGGUGGAGGCCGCGGGGCAUUUCAGCCGAGCAAGGCGCGGGUUUCCAAAGUGUUCAGGCGCUACGUGGAGGUCGGCCGGGUGGCCUACGUCUCCUUCGGGCCUCAUGCCGGCAAGCUGGUCGCGAUCGUGGAUGUGAUCGAUCAGAAUAGGGCUUUAGUGGAUGGACCUUGCACUCGGGUGAGGAGACAGGCCAUGCCUUUCAAGUGUAUGCAGCUCACCGACUUCGUCCUCAAGUUCCCACACAGUGCCCGCCAGAAGUACGUGCGGAAAGCUUGGGAGAAGGCAGACAUCAAUACUAAAUGGGCAGCCACAAGAUGGGCCAAGAAGAUUGAUGCCCGAGAAAGGAAAGCCAAGAUGACAGAUUUUGAUCGUUUCAAAGUCAUGAAGGCAAAGAAAAUGAGGAACAGAAUAAUCAAGACCGAGGUUAAGAAACUUCAGAGAGCUGCUAUCCUGAAAGCGUCUCCCAAAAAGGCACCUGUUGCUAAGGCUGCCAUUGCAGCGGCGGCAGCUGCAGCAGCUGCUGCUAAAGCCAAGGUUCCAGCCAAGAAGGCUACAGGACCAGCCAAGAAGGCUGCAGGCCAGAAGGCAGCGGCUCCCGCUAAAGGUCAGAAGGGUCAGAAGACCCCGGCCCAGAAAGCACCCGCUUCAAAGGCCGCUGGCAAGAAAGCAUGAGGCUGCACCGAGGAAUAAAAGCUCUUUUUGACAUGUGGCAAA